AUGGUAAUUGAUUAUCUUUUUCAUCUUGAUUUUAUAUACUUAUUUCUAUGUACAGUUAAUUAUCAGUUCUCGAAUCUUGAAACCCUUUUACUCGUUUGUCUCUUCCAUUUCUCUUCAGCUACAGGCAGGAAACUCAAUGAGUUAGUCCAAGACCCACCUGCUGUGCCGUUAUUAUACCACGACGGCCCACUUCUUUCCGGUCAGAUUUCUGUUAAUCUCAUCUGGUACGGCAAUUUCAAACCUGCCCAAAGAGAUAUAGUCUCUGAUUACUUCAAUUCUCUUUACAUCACACCUAAAAGUACUCAAUCUCCUUCAGUUUCGUUGUGGUGGAAAAAAGUUGAAAAGUACUACAAUCUUCCAUAUUCUUCCGAGAAACCCACUUCUUUGGUUUUGAAAUCAGGGAGACAAAUCUUGGAUAAUAAAUAUUCAUUGGGUAAAUCUCUUAACAAUAAGAAAAUUGUUAGAUUAGCAUCAAGAGGUGAACAGAGUAACGCAAUCAAUGUUGUGUUAACUUCAGCAGAUGUUACUGUUGAUGGGUUCUGUUCAGGUAGAUGUGGUACUCAUGGUUCUUCAUAUUCUGCAUCAAAGAAAACAAAAUUUGCAUACAUUUGGGUUGGUAACUCUGAGAUUCAAUGUCCCGGGCAAUGCGCUUGGCCUUUCCACCAGACGAUUUAUGGACCUCAGGGUUCACCAUUAGUUGCACCAAACAAUGAUGUUGGUAUUGACGGUAUGGUUAUCAAUCUUGCUAGUUUAUUAGCUGGUACUGCGACAAAUCCUUUCGGAAAUGGGUAUUAUCAAGGACCAGCUGGAGGCUCGUUAGAAGUCUCUUCGGCUUGUACUGGUAUAUACGGCAAAGGAGCUUACCCUGGUUAUCCAGGGAAUUUGCUAGUUGAUUCGAGUACGCGUGCAAAUUAUAAUGCGAAUGGAGCUAAUAGAAGAAAGUACUUGUUACCUGCAUUGUUUGAUCACUCAACUUCCACUUGUUGUACUCUAGUGUAAAACAGGUGGUGGUAUGAAGUACGAACACUACAAAAAACUUAAUAUAUUGCAGCAUCCUAUGGUUAUGGCAUAAACCCCUAUUAGUGUCGCGAUAGGCUAUGUAGCAAGAAGUCUUUAUUGCGGUACCUAUCUUUAUUGGUGCAGAAAGAGAUUAUAUUUUUUUGCCUCACUCUUUUUUCAUAUUGUUGCUACAUUUGUGUGGCAAAAGUUUCAUUUUGCAUCAGGAAAUUAUAGUUUUUAGCUACAGUUUAAAUGUAUUGUGACUAGAAAUUUAUUUUUGCAACACCUA